AUGGUCGUCGCCCAGCGCCGCGCUCCUGUGGUCGCGCACGGCGCUUGGCCUCCCGGCGACGACCGGCCGGCGGCCGGCCGGCACAUCACGUGGUGGGAGGAGCGCACGGCCGCGGUGCGGUCCCCGCACCACCACAUGGCCGCUUUGCCGAGCAGGCCCGCCCCCCGUGGCGCGCGCGUACCGCACCGUCUCUUUGAGAACAAGGUGCAUGAGUGUCCGCGAUCGAGCAGCGAUGCAGGCAAGACCGUGCCUCCAGAGCAGGUAUGGGAGCGCGGCAUCGUCAUUGGCGACUGGACGGUGCGCGUGACGCACGGUCGCAUUGCGAAUGCUAGCGAUAUUGAGGCGCUCUCCGAGAAGCUCGAUGUCCCACUUCCAGAAAUGCCUUUUCUUCACAAUGCACUGACGCUCGAGCAUGCGCGUAGCGGCUUUUCCUACUGCUUCGAUGCGGUGCGUGCUCUCCGAUGUAUCGAUGGCGUGCGCCCUGAGCAGCAGCUUACUCCGAUCGAGUGCGAGCCAGCCGCCCAGGCAGUGGGACCCCAUGCGCGCCCGCACCGCACGCUCUCGCGCAGCGGUAUUCAGGUCGCGUACGCGAAAGAGUGGGGGCAGUCCAGGCGAGCUGCGCUUGCUGCGCAGGGCGGGUCCUCUGCGUCGCUCACGUCGACGAAGCAGUACGACUGGACCUACUCCAGUACGUGGCCCGGCAUGCCUGGCGCGACAGCACCGGACGACGUCCAUGACCCGCGGUCGCCAAUUCGCCGCACAGCCUGGCACGAUGCCUUCCAGCUCGGUACGGAUCCUGCGCGCGAUCGCAUCCCUGUGGAGCGCCUCAGCGCCGCGAGUGGCGAGCCGAUUCUCUUCUACGACGACAUUGUACUGUACGAGGACGAGCUGGGAGAUAACGGCUCCAGCCUUCUCCAUGUCAAGGUGCGUGUGAUGCCCACGAGUCUGUUGGUGCUGCAGCGCUUCUUCCUGCGUGUGGACCAGGUGGUCUUCCGUCUGUUUGACACGCGUCUGUUUGUGCCUGCCGCGGCAUGCAAGUGCCCUAUAUCGACGUGCAGCAGUCGGCUGGGUCGCUGA